CAGUGGACUGACAUGAUGAUGCUGGCUGUGUUCGGUUUACUACUGAUGCUCGGACUGAGCCGAUGUACAGAUGAGGAGAAGAUCGAGAUAAAGACGGUCCGUGUUGGAGAUGAUGUCAAACUGACGUGUCCUCGCAAGACCUCUGCUUCAGGUUUAACAAAGUUGUUUUGGUUCAGGCAGGUUUCUGGAGACUUGCCUGAAAUUUUGGGUGGAACUCUCAGGAUUGACUUUGAUGAUGUUACCAAAACUCCUCACACCACCUUAAAACAAGAGCCUGGAACAUUUGUCCUGAUUAUCAAUCAAACCCAGCUCAGUGACACUGGACUUUACUUUUGUGUGGAACAAGAGGAUCUUAAAAUGACCCUUUUAAAAGGAGUAUUUCUGAGAACUAAAGGACCAGAGUCUGAUAUCACCACCAUCAUUCAAGACCUUUCAGCUGAUCCGGACCAUCCAGACUUGAUGACUCUGCAGUGUUCAGUCCUCUCUGACUCUGAAACUAAAACCUGUCCAGGGAAUCACAGUGUGUUCUGGUUCAGAUCUGGAUCAGAUGAAGCUCAUCCCAGUGUCAUUUACACUCAUGGAAACAGACGUGAUGAGUGUGAGGAGAGUCCUGAGACUCAGUCUCCACAGAAAUGUGUCUACAGCUUUUCCAAGACCAUCAGCUCUUCUGAUGCCGGGACUUAUUACUGUGCUGUGGCCACAUGUGGACAGAUGUUAAUUGGACAUGGAACAGAGAUCAACAUUGAAGAGCAAAGACGAAGUUCUGGGUGUUUUGCACUGGUGACAGGAAUAGUCUUCUUGGUGAUUUUUGUGAUGAUUGGAGGUUUCGUCUUCAUCUGCUGCCGAACUCCAGGAGAAGAAAAUGAACAAUUCAAAGGUGCUGUUGCUGUCUGUCUGCAAGGUGACCAGAGAAGUCAACAGGAAGAAGAGGAAACUUGGCAGUACUCUACUGUUGUCUUCACCAUGAGGAAAUCUGACUUUGGUGAAGUUAAAGAAGCAAAGACAGCAGAGAGGAAGAGGAGGCUGCAGAGAAGGCCUUCGGAUUAGAUUAGAGAAUAAAAAGAUUUAUGAUUCAUCAGUUUGGUCAAAUUAAAUGGUUCAUGUCGACAAGUUGAGUUGAUAAGGUGAUACUUUAGAUUUUAUUCUGAUUAAAAGAUUAGACUUGUUCUGUCUAUUCUGUCCAUAUGUUAAAAAAUGUCUUUUUGAUAAGUUCAACUGAAGUUUCUCUUUUUCCAUCUGCAUUUUUCAUGUACCAGAUGUAAAAAAAAGUAUUUCUUAACAAAUAAACUCAGGAAAAAAAAACAAACAAACAAAAAAAAAAACCUUUGCACAAUCAUCCACCCCAGGGAAACCUUUUCCUGACCACCUCUCCGGGGUAAAUGCCCCAAAGACUGGCCUACAGCAGCUGCUGAAGUUAAAAUGUUCAAUUAUUUCUAACAGGUCAUGUGUACAUACUAUUAAUAUACCAAUAUAUUGGUAUGAUGUAAAAUUAUUCAUG